AUGGUUCAAUUGCUCUUAAUUAACUGCUUAACUUUACCGCAUGACACUCUACUGAAGGUUGUUCUGUGUUCAAAGAACAUCUUCUCAUACACUCCCGUGCUAAUCACAAACAUUUAACCAACUCACUCUCCUUCAAAGAAAGGUUCCCCUAAUAAACAAUUGAUUGGCUAUAGAAAAUUCUAAGAGGAGAAGUUGAGGGCUAAUUGCCCAUGA